GCCGCGGCGGGCGUGGGCAAAUGACGGGCGGGAGUUGAAAGAGCGGCGCUGAUUAGUGAAUCUAGGACCGCCUAGAUGAAAGCCCACUUGUGAUUCGUCCUGAGUAGACCAAAGCCUUCGUGGGGCUGGAACCCGCCGAACUGCAAGGUUUGGAAGAGCUGUAAAGGAAAAUGAAUAGGAAUUCCCCAGAAGUUACUUUGCUCUUCUAACCCAGUGUUUUCUGCUGUCUUCAUGGGCUUGAGUCUGGGAAAACCCAGGAGUGGAUGAGAUACCUAUCCCCCACCACUGUCACACUAGGGCCAUGUUACCCUACAUGAAAUCCACCUAUAUACCGGAUGAUGGCUGGCACUGUGCUCGGAGUGGGUGCCGGCGUGUUCAUCUUAGCCCUGCUGUGGGUGUUGGUGCUGCUGCUGUGUGUGCUGUUGUCCAGAGCCUCCGGGGUAGCCAGGUUCUCUGUCAUGUUUGUGUUUCUUGGGGCUCUAAUCAUCACAUCCGUCCUGCUGCUCUUCCCCCGAGCCAGUGAAAGCCCAGCCCCCGAGGUGGAAGUGAAGGUAAAACUGUUGGUUUUAUUUUGCCUCCUGAGCUGUAACUCUUGUUUGUCUUGGUCUAAACCUUGCUCCUGCCCUGCGGUGUCCCCGGUGUCAGGUUGGCUGAACCGUGCUGGAAGAUUUGUAAAGUUGAAGCAAGGAUGGGGAAAGUUCAGGAGCAGGUUUGAAUUCCCCACCCCGUCACCCAGGAAGAGAAUCUUAUUCUGACUCCUGUUUGCAUCAAGUUGAACAAGCAGUGUGUCCAAAAGCCAUCUCAUAUGUACGACGGGGCAGAGACAGGGAAAAUGGGUUCAGAAUAGGAAUAGGCCUAGUCCUGGCAUCAAAGCGUGCCCAUUCCCGGUGGCCUGGGCUCAGAAACUCGGAUCCUGGGCCUGCAUUUCUGCAGUGCCCUCAGGUGCUGAGCGGCAUGCUUUUCUCACUCCCUGUGUUUGGAAUUUUCCACUUGUGAUGUGAAGAGAAUACUUUUCACAGAGAACAGCAAUGAGGAAAGGAGAACUUUUUUUUUUGAAAGCAGAAGCUGUGCAGAUAGAUGAAUUCAAUACUCACAGUCUUAUGGGAGUUCCUUUGGUCCUCAU